UAGUGAUGGGAGUGACUCAUCUGAACGGAUUCAGUGCGUCAUCUUCGGGAUUCGGUGAUGCAUGAACAAGCGCGUGGGUUCUCACGGUAAAAGCGUGCUAACGGGGAUCUCCUCCAGCACACGAGCUCCUCACUGCGGAUCUGCACCCUAGACAGUCCGUAUAAAACAGACUCUAGCCUGUAUUUCAUCUUAACGUUACAUAACGGCGAUCGACAGGACGAGAGGAUCUGUCAACUCCACACAGCGGCUGUAACCUCGUCUUCCGCGAGGAUCCGGAGCUCAGAGAGCAAACCGACGCAAGUGAGCAUGGCGGAACCGGAGCUGUCGCCCGCGACGGACCCGUCUCUGCGGUCCCCGCGCUCGGCCCCGCUGACCCUGUCUUUCCCGUUCCUGCGAGAGGGCAGCCGUGUUUCGGAACGAGCCGCACUGCAGCCUGGGGAGUUACCGAGUCCCCUGCCCACCAAACGCACGCGCACUUACUCCGCGACUGUUCGUGCAAACGCAGGUCCCGUCUUUAAGGGCGUGUGUAAAAACUUCUCGCGGUCGAAGGGUCACGGCUACAUCAGACCAGCUCACGGUGGAGAAGACAUCUUCGUACACAUCUCAGAUAUUGAAGGAGAGUACGUCCCUGUGGAGGGAGACGAGGUCACAUACAAGGUCUGUCCAGUCCCACCCAAGAAAGUGAAGGUCCAGGCCGUGGAGGUGAUCAUCACGCACCUCAAACCAGGAACCAAACACGAGACCUGGUCGGGCCAUAUCAUCAGCUCCUAGGAUCCAGUCAGAGCAGGACUGCGGGAGGGGGGGGGGGGG